AUGCGAAAUAUAAAAACAUAUCUUUCCACGGUUCCUGUACUAACUACUCUAUGGUUUGGAUCUUUGGCGGGUCUCUUGAUAGAAAUUAAUCGUUUAUUCCCGGAUGCCUUAUUAUUCCCUUUUUUUNCAUUCUAG